ACGAAGAAGAGGAAGCUGAGAGGAUAGUACUUCCAGCGCAGAGUGUGUGAAAUUCAAUGCAACGGUCAGGGUUGUUAACAAACUAACAAUGUUUUCAGUGAAUAUCCUGCGGAGAUUACGACCCUGUGUACUUUCUCAGUCCUACUGUAACAUAACGGCCGCGCGACAGUUUUACGUGUCCUGCGUCAAAGGAGUGAGUGGGAACCAGCACCAUGCUGUCAGAAGGUCGUUCCUCAACCUGAACUACAAGGUGCAGUCCCACUGUCUGUCCACCCGCUGUCUCUCCACAGUGACCCACUCUGAGGAUGGGAACCUCAUUUACACUGGUAGCCUGGGCAUGGCUGUCCGAGGAGUGAAGAUGUUUUCUUACAGCACCAGUGCGGCCAGCCUCUUUCUCAUGCCGCAAAUCCUCCUGAAGACCGGAUUAGGAGUCCAGAGCUUGGCUGUGCAGGCUGCUUUCUGUGGAAUCAUUGGAUUCUUCACCUUCCUGACCCCUGUCCUCUUCCACCUCAUCACUAAGGGCUACGUAUUCCGCCUGUACCACAACCCAGACAGAGACACCUAUACUGCCAUCACCUGUAGCGUCCUUCUCACUGAAAAAAAGACUGUGUUCCACCAGAGGCAGGUCAGGAUCCCAGCCAUCAGCAAGAUGUUCACCACCUUCUACGCUGAUAAAGCGGGGCUGCUGGUAAACCCAGACCUGUUCCUCACUCCACAUGACUACAACCACCUGAUGGGCUACGAUAAGCCCUUCAGCUUCGACACAGACGACAUGGACAGACCAGAGAAGAGCUGAACUGCAAACAAGUUAAAUGUGAUGUUAGUAUAUGAAUUAUGUCUACAACUUCAAACUGCACAGUUUGUAACACUCACAUUUCUACCAGGGUGAAACAUCCACCGAGGACUUAGCAACCAACAUAAUUUCCCAAUCAAAUUUUCAUUUUUUUGUUGUUGUUUUUUUUUCAGUAUUUUAAUGGCUGUUUCAUGUUAAUAAAUUAAAACAUCAUCACCACGA